GUUGCUGUCCAACUAGAGACAGUUUUGGUGGAAUUUAGAAAAUAAGACAUGUUAUGACAGGUCAUUCAAACAUUCAAAAAAGUUUUGCUUAUACGUAAGAAAAAAAGACCACCAAAAGUCACGUAUUUAAUUUCGGAUGGCUAGUUAAUUUAAUCAUGUGAAUGGUUAUUUAUUGGUGUUAAGCAAUAAAUUUAACUGACAUUAUUUUCCGUGCUGAAGAUUUGCGUAGGUACACGAUAGCACGACCAGCGACAGAAAUAACGUUACAUGAACUAUGGACACGUCUGAUGAAGGAACAAUGCAUCCUUUGAAAGAAUUUUUAACGACUUUCUUCAUGCCAGAAAAAUGCUAUGACCAGUUUUUCUUCUACUUCAACUUUAUGCACGUACCCUGUCUGAAGAUUGUCUUAAGUAAGACUAAGGGAAUAUUGAUUUUGGUGGGAAUUGUUAUUGCUCCACUCCCUCAGAUCUGGAAAGUUCUUUGGUCUGGAAGUUCUAAUGGACUGUGUCUGACCUCUGUUUUUCUGGAGCUGUUGGCCAUCUCUACACAUGCAGCUUUCUGCUACACUCAGAACUUUCCCAUUGGUGCCUGGGGGGAAAGUUUGUUUGCAUUGAUCCAGAUUGCUGUCCUGACUUUGCUUGUCCAGCACUACCGAGGGAAACCCAUAAAAGGUAUAUAUUUUCUUGCUGUAUACUGUGGCUUUAUGUUCCUCCUGGCCUCACCUUUGACUCCUGUGUCAGUGGUUUGGACCCUGUAUGAGUGGAACGUGCUGUUGGUUAUUGCUGGCAGGUUUUUCCAGGCAGGAAGUAACUUCAGAUGGGGACACACAGGACAGUUGUCUGCGCUCUCUGUUUUCCUGAACUUUCUUGGCUCUCUGGGACGCAUCUUCAGUUCCCUGCAGGACACAGGCCUUUCUCUCUUAACUCAGAUGUAUGUGGUGGCCUGCUGUUGCAGUGGGGUGAUACUAGCACAGGUCCUGAUGUACUGGAAUAAAUGCGUGACAAACAGCCAGAAAGAAGGACAAGAGGAGAAAGACAAGGCUGAAUAAAAGAGAUACCGUUUUGCUUUCUUGGAUUUACACUUCAGAAUGUGUGUGCACUCCCGGAAAAGAGGUUGUGAAUCAUUAAAUGUCUCAUGAAAUGUUUGUAAUUUCACUUUUCAGUCCUAAGAUGUGAUUUCAUUUCUUUCUAUUUAUUUAUGCCAUACA